GCUCUCGUUUGCUUCACAAAUAUUUUCAUAUAGGAAAUGUCUUUAAACGGAACGUUUUCUAUUAAAUGCCUAAUGACUAUUAUCUGGGCGACGGGUACAUAUGAAAUUCAUAUCAAUUUACUUUGUUCUAUUUGUAGUCAUAAGUUGAAAAAAAAUGUAAUUAAAGGUUUUAUUGACUCGUGCCGUGCAAAUCAAACUUACGUGAAUGGAAUGCAACUCUGCUACAGUAAUAGCGAACCAAGUGUAUGUGUACCUUACACUCUAUGUAAACGUAAUCGAGCUGCUGUCUAUUUUAAGGAUGAAGAGUGUAAAACCGGUGCUGAUAAUAUCACACAGAUUUGUUGCUUACAAUCUCGUGUAAUAAAACCUAUUCUUAAACCUGUACCAUCAUUAGCCGAAGAAAUGUGUGAACGUUAUUAUUUGCCUAUGCAGGAAAUAGCUUCCGGUGUAAGGGUCGCUUUACGAGAAUUUCCAUUUAUGUGUGGUCUAGGCUGGAAGUUAAACGAUAAAAAUGAUACCAUCAAGUACAAGUGUGGUGGUAGCUUGAUUUCAGCGAGAUAUGUUUUAACAGCCGCUCAUUGUUUGUCUGAUAUAGAUGGUUUACCUUCAUUUGUGCGUGUGGGCGGUGUAUAUCUUGCCAACCCCAAUAUACGACAUAUAGCAAUAGCUGAUUACAUCAUACAUCCCGGUUAUGAGUAUCCAUCAUCUUAUAAUGAUAUAGCAUUAAUUAAAUUAAAAACGCCGCUAGAUCCUCGAGACGAAAAGGCUGCAUGUUUAUGGACUUCCGAUUUUAUAGAAGAUCACAGUGACGUAAUUGCUUUAGGCUAUGGACAAACAGUAUUUGCUGGUCCUCAGUCGGAAGAUUUAUUGAAAGCAACUCUUAAAAUUUAUCCUCAAAACCAAUGUGAAUUAGAUAAUCCUGUGGAUGAGCUUUCUCGUAACCUUAAUAAGGGGAUAGUGAAAAAUUUAAUUUGUGCCAUGGAUCCUGAAAAGUUGCGAGACACCUGCAUGGGCGAUUCUGGUGGACCGCUGAUAAGAACUGUAGAAAAAUACUAUCUAAAUGUACCUCAUAUUGUAGGUAUCACUUCAUUUGGUGUUGGUUGCGCAUCGGGAAUGCCUGGUAUUUACACCAGAGUCUCCGAGUACAUACCCUGGAUGGAGAAGAUUAUCUGGCCGGAUGUUUACUAGAGUGCUGUGAUUGGCUUAAAGCAGUAGACAGUUUUACUGCUUUAAACUUGUGGUAUGUGUUGGAAUAUGUGUGGAAUGUUUUGAAGAAGACUAUGGCUACCAACAAAGGGUUUCGGCAAACUAUUGCUAGCAGCGAAACUUUUAUUUUUUUUAUUUUACCUACUUACACAUGAAAUACAACUAAAGUAAAUUGCAGUCGAAUUCAGUAGACAAAAUCGUAUACUAAUU